GUCCUCGCAUUUUCUCGUUUGGUUUCCCGGGAAGGAAAACGAAAAUCGUUAUAUAUAUUCAAUCACCGCUGCCAAACACAAAUUGGGAAUGCCGAGGCAAAUCUCUUCCACGCCGGAGACGGAAUUGAAGCCGUAGCGGCAGCCGGAAUCAAGUGCGAGCGGCUUUAGCAGCUCAGUCGGUGUUCGCUAGGUUUCAUUCGAUUCAGUCGCCGGAGGGGAUUGAAAAUCUUCUCUCGGCGAUUCGGUGUUCGAGGAAGAGAGAUAGAGGUUGGGGUUACGGAGGGCUAGGGUUUUUUUGGGCCGAGAUGACGGAGGUGACGCUGCACAUAUACGAUGUGACGAACAGUGGAUCCGACAAGACCAACAACACCAUUAUGCAAAUCAACAAGAUCUUCAAGGACGGCAUAGGUAUCGGCGGUAUCUUCCACAGCGCCAUUCAGGUCUAUGGAGAUGAGGAGUGGUCCUUUGGGUACUGUGAAGACGGAACUGGUGUUUUCAGUUGCCCUUCUGGAAAGAAUCCAAUGUAUACAUUCCGUGAAACCAUAAUUCUUGGAACCACAAACUGUUCGAUAUUCAAGGUGAAUCAGAUUCUUAGAGAACUUAGUAGAGAAUGGCCCGGGCAUACGUAUGACUUAUUAUCGAGGAACUGCAAUCACUUCUGUGAUGAGUUUUGUGAUAGGCUUGGCCUGCCAAAAAUUCCAGCUUGGGUCAAUCGAUUUGCUAAUGCUGGAGAUACAGCUUUGGAAGUAGCAGAAACCACCGCAUUACGGCUGAGGCAAGCCAAGACAGAGAUAUUGUCUGCCAGCAAAGUAGCAUAUCGUUUCCUCCUGGGUGCCACGACAAAUUCCUCUCCUGAUCCCUCCGGAAGUUCAGGUAGGGGGAGUCCUCGGUUCCAAGCUGCAUGGUUUAAAAACCUUAUCACUGCCGGUGCAAAACCAUCUACGACUCCGGAGGCAGAUAAUCUGGAUGAUAAAGACGAUAAGCUUCAACAGGAUAGAGAAGAUGAUGAAUCACCUCUCCAACAAAGUUCGAGGCCCGACUCUUGAAGUUGCCCAACUGUACUAGUUGGAAUCAUGCAGUAGAAGUUUGUAAUUCAUCUGUGUACUAAACAAGCGUGCAUCUCCCAAUUGUAAUUCAUUUGUUGAUGGCCUAAUGUUGUCAAGCCUGUAAAAAUGAUCUUGUGCUAUUUUACACGUAUGAUACAUGAUGUAAUGAGUUGAAAAAACUCGUCGGUAGAAUUGUUCAAGGGGAUGAUUGGGUGUCUUCAGAUUGCAAUUUCAAUUCCGCAAAACUGAAAUCUUGCACAGA